AUGGCUGACGAUGACAUACUGAGAAAGAAGCUUCUCAUAGAGGGCGAUGGUACUGGUAGCGACACUCGUAUCAACACAUUUCUCAAAACUUUCUUCAAAUGGUUCCACGGCAAAGACGCAGAGAGCGAUGAGGAAAGUAAUGCUGCCUACCAAAAGCUGCUGUCACAACUGGCCCAGAUUGAGAUAAGCCAUGCGAAAACCAAGUUCAUUCAUGACAUGAAUGUCCAGGAAAAAAAGAACUAUGAAAGACUCUACACAGAUAUAGAACAACAAAUAGAUGAUGCCAGGCAGCAGAUUAUUGACUGCAAGAAUGAAUUAUUACAGGCAAAGAGAAUCCGCAAAAAUAGACAAGAGUAUGAUGUUCUGGCAAAGCUGAUACAGCAGCAUCCAGACAGACAGGAAACAUUGAAUGAGUUGGAGGCUCUAGACCAGCAGACGCAGAGCUCACAGAAGGAAAACUUGGCUCUCGACGACAAGCUGGAGAUGAGAAGGAAACAGUUCCACGUUCUCAUGACAGCGAUAUACGAGCUCACCAGCUUAUUAGAGGCUGAUGAUGAAAAGAAAGACGAGGACAUUAGAAUGGAAACGGGAUAGGCUGCGAAGUGUGCAGGGACGUCGCUUUGUCCGUCGCCACCAGAAUCAGCGCCAUCUGGGGACAAUCCCGCAAAACAGGAUCUCAUCGUUUACUUUGCGUUCACAUCUCAUAUUGCUGGUUGUUGUUACCUGGCAUUAAUGACUUGCUGAUUCUCGGUAAUGACUCGCAACUUUGGCAACUUGUCUCGUAGAAAUGUGAUACCAGCUUAUUUCUAUGCUUGGCAGUAUCACACUUGUUCGCGCAACAAUUCUUGAUGCUCAUACCUUCCCAGGGCGUACAAUGAACGUAGUUCAAGUGACACCUCGCUGUUACGAGCAGUGAAGUAAUGCAAUACAGUGGUGUCACUCCAUACACAUCCACUGAAGUGGAAAUUAUAGAUGAUCAGGCAGGGCAUUGAAUACCCAUGCUGAUGCAGGCAGGCUUUCUUAGCAAAUCGGAUGGAAAAUAAUGCAGCCUGUGCCAGUGCUUAGAAUUUGCAUUGUACAGUUGAUGAUGUAGCUAUGCGAAGAUGAAAUGUGUGCGUGGUCUAAGAAGCCUCUAAUCGCUCGCGUAAAAACAACAGAUAUCGUGUGUUGUAUGCGUAUUCUGAUCGGGAGGGGGGGGGCGAAGCGUGGGUUUGUUAGCGUUGUUCACGGUAUGAAGAACGCACGACGAUGUGUGAAACCAUGUACGCAGAAAUCUGCAGUCAUACCAAUCACAGCAAAUAAAACGAUGUUCGUGUUCGAUUGCGCAUGGCCACGUCAUAGUGACAGACAGGAACAUGUAAUAGGGAUUUGUUAGUAGGCAUCCCUAGUAUACACUAGUUAUUAUAUCGUUGUUAAGACUACAACUGUUACUAGUUGUAGUAAGUGAUGGGAUCCCUAUUAUUUACUCUGGAUAUAGCAAUAUAGUUGCUCACAUGCUGCUGUAAACGGUUUUAGCGAACCUUUGCGAUUUUACCACGCUAUAGAAAGUCCAUCGCGGUGAACAUCUGGAGAAUUAUCCUCGCUGUGUGGGGAACCAUAUAAAAUAUAAGCUAUACUAAACCAACUAUAUAUAUAUAUAUAAUAUACAUAUAUGCACAGACGGUCAUUGAGCACAGUCGUUAAGUGGAAAAACAAGUUGCAUGGCAAUGAUGGUUAUGCAUUGUAAAUGAACGUGUGAUUUGACACGUUUCUAUAUAUUGUAAUACAUCAUAUUUUAUAAUAAAAAAUAAUGAAAAUGAACAAAUGA